AUCUUGUGAUGACGGAGCCGGCAGGCCUGUUCGGUCAGGUCGAGAGUGUCGUGCUUGCCUUCAGCCCCGCCCAGAUACCUCUGCUUUUGAUAUGCAGCAGUCUUGACGAGCAGUGCCGUGUACUUUGCCAUGAGACACAGCUUGUCGUGAACGCCCCCCCCCCGCUUUGCUCCAUGCACCGCUUUCCUCUCCACAUCGCACCGAUGGACCCUCAGGUGUGUCCGCCCCCUCUGAGUAGCAGCCAGUCUGUUAUCAGCGUCCUGGACAAAUCCCCAGCCAGCACAUUCAAACCCGGCCACUCACGGAACAGCAGCACCAGCUCCUCCAAGCAAGCCAAACAGUCUCGUCACUGGGAGGUGAUGGACGACCUGCAGCAACGGGAUAUGUACCCUGUUCCCGGCUCUUCUCUAGACCUCAGCAUCCCGGGGAUCUGUGAGGGCUACUUGAUGAAGAAGAGGAAGUACCCGCUCAAAGGCUGGCACAAGAGAUACUUCCUGUUGGAGAAAGGAAUCCUCAAGUACUCGAAGACCCAGCAAGAUCUUCAGAGGGGGAAGCUCCAUGGCUCUCUGGACGUCAGUCUGGCUGUCAUGUCCAUCAACAAGAAGACCAAAGGCUUAGACCUGGACGCUGGAGACAGCAUCUACCACCUCAAGGCAAAGAGCCAUGACAUCUUCUACAUCUGGUUGACCAAGCUGUCUGCCCAUCGUGUAUUCAGGAAAAAUGAGGCGAUGAGUGUCCAUCACGGCGUCCUUCACGCUCUCUCCUUGAGGCCGAACACCCAGCCGAACACCCAGACCAACCGAGAAACGCCCACUCACAGCUCAGCCUACCAUCCAGAGAUGGGAAGCCCCGCCCCCGCCUCUAACCCCGGGGUGACCAGCAAGGUGUCGGCAUGGCUGCAGCAGACCCAAGACAUCGACGGCACCUCCAAUGACCUGGCUCGCUGUCAGUCAGAGCUGACGGAACUAGCCCUGCUCAUCCAGCGGCUCCACUGGCUGGAGGGAGGCCUGCCCAUCACCAACACUGACCUGGAGAUGCGAAUCAGCAUGCAGAAUCUCUCCCUGGAGAAACCCAAGAAGAAGACGGGGAAAGGGUUUGGUCACUCCAGGACGAUGUCCCGCGUGGAAGCCAUGGGGGGAAUGUUCACUUCCAGCCACUUGAGCACCAACAACGGCACUGGUUUGGGAGCGUCCGUGAAGUCCAUUCCUGACUACGUCUACACUCAGCUAUCCAACCCUCAGGUCACCUCGCCGGAAGCCAAGAAGCUCCACCAGGACAUCUGCACUUCUUCUCAGAGGGUUCACACGUCUCUCAAGUCCGUCCAUGAGGUUUUGACCCUGGAGAGAGAGCGACUGAGGCAGGCCUGGACCGGCCCAGACCUGAGGCACAACACGUCACAGCAGCUCGCUACACUCUGCAACACAAUGUCUGAGCUUGACAUACAGUCCCGUCUGACUAAAGUCCAUUCGGUUUCACUGUCCUCUGACUCUACUGAGGAAUCCUUCUGCACCGUCCGUCCUGACCAGAGGACGCCAUCCAUGGGCCGUCAGUGCCACCGUGCGCCCUCUGUGGCGGAAUCCAUGUACUUCGAUGCCAGCGAGGUGAUCGUGUGCGAGAGCUCGUCAGAGGCCGAGGCUUCGGACGAGUCGGGCCUGAGUGACAUCACCACCACCAGCAACUCUGAGCCGGAUGAGGGACACACCACUGCCACCCUCAACUACCGCGCCAGUGUGAACAAUGUUCCUGAAUCACCCAGCCCAGUGUCCACCAAUACUGGUCGUCGCACGGUCCUCCCCGCCCCAGGAUCAGACAACAGCCACAUCGGCAUCAUGUCCAUCCUGUACAACAACAUCGGCAAGGACCUGUCCAGGAUCUCCAUGCCGGUCGCUCUCAAUGAGCCACUGUCCCUGCUGCAGAGAGUCAGCGAAGAGCUGGAGUACUCGGAGCUGCUGGACAUCGCCAACCGCACGGACGAUCCAUAUGAGCGAAUGGUAUACGUGGCCGUGUUCUCCAUCUCUGGAUAUGCCUGGGCGUCCUGGAGAAAUCACUACAAACCCUUCAACCCUGUUCUGGGAGAAACGUAUGAGAACCUCAGAGAAGACCGAGGCUUCCACUACAUCAGUGAGCAGGUCAGCCAUCACCCUCCUGUCUCUGCCUGCCACGCAGAGUCUGAAAACUUCACUUUCUGGCAAGAUCAGAGAUGGAAGAACAAGUUUUGGGGGAAGUCGAUGGAGAUGCUCUCUUCUGGACUAGUCAAUGUUGCCCUACCCAAGUACGGUGACCACUAUGAAUGGAACAAGGCAGUGACGUGUAUCCACAAUGUGCUGAGUCAGGAGCGCUGGUUGGAGCACUAUGGUGAGGUGAUCAUCAAAAACACAAAGAGCGAUGCCUGCACCUGCAAGAUCACCUUUGUCAAGUCUCGCUACUGGAGCUCAGACAACAGUAAGAACGAGGUGCAGGGUGUGGUCCUGGACCGGGCUGGAGAGGUGGUUCAUCGUUUUGGAGGCCUCUGGCAUGAGGGCAUUUUCUGUGAUACCCUGUCUACACCAAAGUGCAUCUGGAAGCCCAACGUGCAGCCCGAUGACCACCCCCAGUUCUUCGGCUUCUCCCAAUAUGCCAGAGAACUAAACGAGCUGACCCCCGAGCUGAAAGCCUUCCUCCCUCUUACAGACACGCGCUUCAGACCAGACCAGAGGCUCCUGGAGGAAGGGAAGGUAGCAGAGGCCGAUAAAAAGAAGGACGAGGUGGAGGAGAAGCAGAGGGAGAGGAGGAAGGAGAUGACCAAGAAUGGCGAGGAGCACAACCCCAGGUUCUUCGGGAAAUCUGCGGACGAGGCUGGCCGAGAGGUGUGGCUGAGCAACGGAACCUACUAUAAGCUCCGCAAAGACCAGGGCCUCGCCAAGACUGAAAACCUGGACCUGUGGUAGAACACGGCUUCACGCUGAGGAACAAAACUAACCGGCGCUUAAAAACACUGUAACAUAAUGAAGAUGAAUGAUGUGUCCCUCAAAUAGUAAAUAUGAUAAAUGGUUCCCAUGUUUGUCUGAUAACGUACGCCUGAAUUUACUGUAGCGACUCAUCGGCAAAGAUCCAGAGGGCUGCUGUUACUGUUACUGCCAUGAUAUGGAGGCGAAGGGCACAAAUGAACCCCUCAUUGGGCCGAGGUGAGGCGCCACGGUGGAACAAAUGAAGAUUGAAGCCGGAUGUCCCUCCAGCCUUUUGGCCGUACCUUGAUGGAGACCUUUUUAAAUAUGAUCAGUCAAAAUUCUAAAGCAAAUCUCACCUUGACCUCCAGUCUCUAAACUCCUCGAGAAAAUCGUCUAUCAGAAUUGAGGCUUCUCUCUGUAUGUAAAGUAUUUUGUAUCAUUGGCGGGUUUCAGAUAAUGUACUUUUUUUUGUUAGUUUAAUCAUGUCAAUAUUUUUCUUUUUUAAUGAGGCUCAUUUUUCUGAAAUCAGAUAUUAAUCUAGCUUCAGAAGCUUGCUUCCUGCAGAUGGAUGCAGAGCACAUGGAGGGCUAAUCUGGGCCUUGUGGGGUCAAUUACAGGUGAACUGGUGCUGUCCUGCUUUCUUUCUCAGUGGGUCUUUGUGUGUAAAUGUGUGCUCAUUUGUAAAAUCGUAUUUUCUCUUCUGAUGUAUUAAUGUAGACACAUUGGUGAUCCAUUGUUUUUCUAAGGCUAGCUGUUAGCCUAGCCUGAUUCCUCUCUCCACCAGUGUGAUUUGUUGAUGUCCUUGAAGAGCUGGCGGACCUCUGCGCUCUGUUGCAGUGAAGUAUUGCUGUUUUUAAUGAUGGAUUUUAAUAAGAAAAAGAGACCACUGUUAAACCCGAGUGAAAUGGGUUUUCUUUAUGGAUUUGUUUCAAAUAAAAGGUUCCACGAUCAA